AGGUAACCCCCGAAUACAGGAAAUAGCAAUUCUAUGCGUCUAAUUGACCCUGUUGGAUACCCUUCUUACAGCUGUUAUGCUCAUUUUUUCUUUUUUUCUGAAAGGGGAGAUUAGGACACAUGUGUCGUUCAUCAGCUUCAGCCUUGAAUUAUUUCGGCCUCGGCGGUAGAAAAUUUGCCUCUCCCUCAUUCCCCCCUACAUGUACUAGUUGCGCCUGCUUUAGUUUUUAACUUGCAGCAUUUGCUGUUCUCAGCGUGAACACCAUCUCUCCCCAGAGCAAUAAAUCUUCAACAUGUUAAGUUGUAGCACACCUCUUUCUCGCGCAGACUUUGUUCGAAGAGCGCGACGACCGGACCUCGGCUCCGUUUCCCUGUCUCGCCGCACAGUAGAUCAUGUUCUUCUCCGGCGGGUUCUGUUUGCGUCCGCGGCUAUCGCCUACUGGUGCAACCAUAAUUUCUUCCGCCUACUGGUGCAAGAACCGGAUGAUGAAACAAGAACGUCGAGCCAUGAAGUAGAUAGGACAACAGGAGCACGACCGGGUAGGAGCUUCUCAUUUCUGCAAGAGCCAGGCCUGUUCAACGUUCCGCAAGUGGCCGCUUUGUCUUUUUCCGUGAUGCGGCAGCGGAAAGAACACAGGAAGCUACAGCAAACGACGAUAGUACAACAACAAUCUUCUUCUUCACGUAGAAGUACUUCUACAAGUCGACACGGAGUAGAGGACCACGACAGCACAGGAAGCCGUGGUCGUGAGCAACAUGACGAGCAUGGAAAGCGGGACCUUCAUAUUGAAAACAAACUUUCUCACCCCGCGGUACUGGCGCCGGAGGAGAACAUAAUACUCGGGACCGAUCAUGAUCGGGAAGAACGAAUUCAGAACGGCGAGCUCAGCACAUUAUCAAGUGUUGGUGAGGAACACCAGCAGACCUCCGCCCAGGCUGUGGAGGAGAAACAGGUAAUCAAGAAAACUACGUCAUUUCAGCAAAUGGUGGAAGAAGAAAAGCAAAAGCAGAGUCGAAAAAUCUCCUCUACUUCCGACUCUUUCUGCACCGUGUGUGCGGACAAGAGCGCCGUGCUGAUCAUUGACAUUACUACAGGGAAGGGGAAAGCGUGGCACUACGGAGGUUCGCCCAACUUCGAAGACUGUCCGAACAUCAAAGAAUCCGAGGAGUGGAAAUUAGUUCAGAAGGGACACAAGUCGCGCGGAGAUAUUUCCUACCGGUGUGCGAAGGAGGCAAUGGAAAAGUUAGAAAAAUAUUGCUACGCCGGUGAUGAAGACACCGGCACCUCAGAGAACCCCAAGCACUGCCAAUCGCAGUUUGUGUCGAGCACCGGGGAGGCGCGAAAAGGACCUGACUGGGCGAGUUGGGAGAGGUCUGGGCAAGUAAUACCGGAAAAAUUUCUGUACUCGGGGCAGGAAAUCGAGUGGUGGUUGCCGCCGGGCUGGUACGGAGUCCCGUCGAAGCGAAAAGAAAUCAUUGAGACCGUCAACAACCGAUCAGCACGGGAAAGGGUCCUCACGCUGGGCUGCCAUAUGGCUUGCAAAAGUGUCUGGGUCUGAGAGAAUACAAACUUGUGAUGCGCAUUUCAGAACAUAGAAAAAUCUCUCAUGCAUAGGUAGCAAAAGCUGCCCACUUUCUGUCACCAAAAUGGGGGAUUUGUCAUGCGAAUUCGGCAUGGCGGAAGCUUCUCGACGAAACCUGUGAUGCUAGAGCUUCCAUGCCAGACCUUCUAUGUCAUGCAAAAACAGCAUGAGUAUUCCAGACCCAGACAGUAUUUCACUCGAUAUGCCAGCGGCUGAAGCAAAGAACUGUAGCGGGUGGAAAGGCUGAGGACGGAGACCCUACGAGAGGGGGGGACGACUUGAGGCUCGCUCGGUACGGCGGUGACGGUUGCGAGUACAUGAAACUCCGAGACAAGGGCAACGAAAACGAAUCGCACUGCAAAAGAACGGCCUGCUGUAGCUUAUGCAUUGCAAAAGGAUCUUCACGCAAGAACUGCCCAAUGCAUCACAGAUUUAUUUGUCAAAAAUGAACUUCUUAGUAUUUACUAUCAUUCAGUCAGAGAACUAAGACUACUACUAUCAGGGAGCAGCCUGGAAAUGUAGUGUUUAUUCUAGAAAAAUGAAGAUCAUGCAAGGACGCAUGCAAUUCGUACGAGCGUGAUGGAACUUUUGCGCAGGAUGCAACUGGGAUGAAAAUUAUUUUUUAGGACAGUCUUGGUUGGGCAGAAUCGAGGCUUUCUGUACGCCUUCAGAUCGGAAAAACCACGACAAGAUGGAUUUUUCCAAUACGCUGUUCGGGCCCGUAGACGUCACGAUUCUUCCACCGAAAGAAAGUGAAGAGCCUGUCGAGGUCUUGACAGACCAGGAUAUCCACAGUAAGUUUCCCCUACACGACGACCUACCAAAGCGGUCUCUGCAUGACAAACUUUUCCUUGAAAGAACCUCUUCCGCAUGACAAGGUGCUUCCACUAUAGUUGGUGAAAUUUGUGAUGCAUUUUGUUGUACAUGUUGUACAGGAAAUUUGUAUUGCAUACAGGAGAUCAAAAACCUGAAGUGUCCCGGCGAGGGCGACACGUUCGAGUUGGUGCCCAACCUGGUCAUCGGCCAGUCCUACUACGCUUGGACAUACACACCUACCAUCCAAUUCGACCACUGCGCGGACUCGUUGUGCAACAACGACAAAUGCCUUGGCUUCUCUUUCACGCUCGACCCGAAGACCAAAAACGAGGGCAGUUGCCGACUGCACAGUGCCGAGAACUGGAAAAAUUCCUGGGGGUACGCGGAAGCGAAUAAUAUGCCGCCGGAAUACAAGCUAUCAAAUGCAAAAGUGUCUGGGUCUGGAAGAGUUGUGCUGCUUUUGCAUGGCACACAAGGUCUGGCAUGGAAGCUCUCGCAUCACAGAUUUCGAGAAGCUUCCGCAAUGCCGAAUCCGCAUGACAAAUGCCCCUGCGUCCGAAGCUGCUUGCGGCGACGGUGCAAAGGUUUUUGAUGAGGUGCAGUCGGGUAUGCAUGACAAAUGCCCCACUUUGGUGACAGAAAGUGGGCGGCUUUUGCUGCCUAUGCAUGAGAGAUUUUUAUGUGUUGUGAAAUGCGCAUCACAAGUUCGCACUCCUCCAGACCCAGACAUAUUUGCAAUGCAUACAAGCUCUGCAUGCGUAAGGCCACGGCGGCAAAGAUAAAGAUGGACGAGGUUAACGGAGACUCCGUGCCUCCCAACGGAGGGAAAGUGGUGUUCGAGGUAAUAGAAGAAGCUACAACGGCCGCUCCUGCUAUGCAAGGCGCAAAUUUUAUUUUUUUACCGAUUACAGUGCAGGUACAACUAGUUGCACAAAACGUACGAAAUUUAUUCGCCAAGAGGAAGUAGACGUUAAGUAGGCAACAUUUUUCCAACAUCAUCUGUCAUGCUAAGUGCAGCGGUUCUUCUAGUUCUACUUACUUCAUGUUGGGAAACGUAUUAUUAUGUCAUGCAGACACAAGUUGAUAGUACCAACAUGCAAUGUGUACGUCUUUUCUUCUAUCUAAGAACGUGUUCGGUAAAAAGAAACGAUUUGCCGUGGAUACCAGAACACUCAAAUACCGAAAGGGGUGAUAGUACUGCUACCAAACAAACUGGUGAUGGUGAAAGCGUGGAGGAGGAGGAGAAAGAAGCCGCGCAACAAGGAGGAGGAGCAGGUUCUAAGACCCUCACCUUCGACCAGAUCAUGACUGCGUUAGACACCGUGGAACCAGAUGAAGACAAAGACGUCGAGCGAAAUGCGAUUACCGCCGCAGUGAAGCCUGUGCUCACGGACGGUGGCGCGACGGGAGAAGAACUGGUCGCGGAGCUGGCCGCAGAAAUUGCGGACGUGCGAACUGGUAAAAAGACAUUCAUAUCCGACGAGGCAGCGACAGGACAAGACGGAGAUCUUCAAAUAAGCUCCCUCUACCUAAACGCCACGGUCUCCGCCAUUGUGGCUACGGUGCGCCCCACGGCGGACACCUUGCAAGAUGCCGUGGAAAGAGCAGCUGCAGCUGGAGGUGCUGUCAACGAGGAAGUGGAGGAAAACGAAAACACCAUCGUCACUAGCCUCCUCACGCCGAUCAUGACGCGCAAUAAAGUGGACGAAGGGGUAGCGAAAGACGCUGCGGUAAAAGUCGUAGAGGCGCUGCAAAGUAACGUCGAGGCGGAUGUUGAAAAAGCGGUCGAGGCCGUGUUAAAACUGAUCCUCGAGCAGAUCGACCAAGAUGCCAGCGCCACGAACAACUCCGAUGUUGAAAAUGUAGCGAAAUUAGAAGCGAGCAACACGUAUCAAAUGUAAAAAUGUCUGGGUCUGGAAAAGUGUAGACUUGUCAUGCAGAUUUUCCAUGACCCAUGAGGUCUGGAAUGCGGGACCUAGCAUGACAGACUCUACGAGGUCUCCGCCAUGCCUGUCCUGCAUGAGAAACUCCCUUCCAACUUGGUCAAAAGUGGCCAGCUUUUGGCACUCAUGCAACACAGAUUUUUGCAUGCUUCAGAUUUACCAUGACAAGUUGCAAUCUUCCAGACCCAGACACUUUUGCAAUCCAUAACACGGAGAUGUUUGUCAUUGGCGGCAUUAUUGGCGGCGUGGUAUUGCUGAUCGUGUUGGUCUGCAUCGUAUGGAUUGCAAAAAUGUCUGGGUCUGGAAGAAUGCAACUUGUGAUGCUAUUUUUGGAAUCUAAGAAAAUCUGUAUUGCAUGAGCAGCAAGAGGCGUCCAGUUUUUGCUCCGCGGAGAGGGCAUUUGUCAUGCGGGAUAGGCAUCAAGAUACCCGCAAAAAACCUGUCAUGCUAGGUCAUGCAUUACAGGCAUCAUAGCUUAUGCGAAAUAUGCAUGACAAACCUGGAAAUCUUCCAGACCCAGACAUUUUUACAGUUGAUACAUCGCGCAGUGCGUGUUCUGCCCCAGCGCCGAACAGUCCGAUAAUUUCCACUCGAAUAAAGGGGGGUUAUGAGACGGCACAACCCCCCUCCCCCUCAUUUGUAUAGCAUGAACGGCACUACAAGCGUAGCAAGAUUGCCGGUUUUGCAUGACAAAUCUGCACAUGAGUGUAGAACUAUUUGGAGGUGCCAGAACUUGGCAUGCAAACAGUGCCAAGAGGCUGCACAGCCCGGAUUUGGUAUUUUGCAUGACAAAUGAGGGGGAGCGGGGGUUGUGCACUCUCAUACGGGUAUCGCGCUUUCCUGUUGCAGGAGGAAACGGAAGCGGAGGCCGCGAGACUCCUCUCCGCGGCGAAAAUGCAGCAGGAGAAUGCGGCGAGGAUUUUGAGUAAAUUUGACCGCGUGGAUACGAUAGUGCACAACUCCCCCUCCCCCUCAUUUGUGUUGCAUGAACAGCAACACAACUGCUGGCAAAGAUGCAGCUUCUGCAUGACAAAUUACCAGGGGAUCGUAGUGCUGUUUUGGCUUCCGGAAUCUCUCAUGCAAGCAAGUGCUAACAGGCAAAGGGUGAUUUUGGAAUUUUGCAUGACAAAUGAGGGGGAGGGGGAGUUGUGCGCUUUCAUAGUGGACGUCGAGAAAGCUUUGUUAGACGCCGGAAUCUCGGAGCUGUACGCCGCCAAGCUCGCCGCGCAGUUGUGCGAUCCACUAGUUGGGGAUGCGGCGUUUCUCUUCCGGCCUUUGAAAGCCGACUAUCCACAGGAAAUCUCCCGUACACGACGUACAAAUGCGGUCUCCGCAUGACAAAACUUGGCUUCGAUCCUAGUUUAGCAUGACAAGUUUUAUUAUGCUCCAAAUUGGUGAAAUUUGUGAUGCAUCUUGUGCAUGUACGGGAAAUUUGUAUUGCAUACCGACGAUGAAAAGAUCAUGAAGCAGUUCGGCUGCGACUGGGAAAGCGGCCCGGAAUUCGUGGGUCGCAUGCGGUCGUUUUUGGAAAAUCUGAUGCAGGAGGAGGAGAAAAUCGCGGCGGUGGCAGAUAUCAAAUGCAAAAAUGUCUGGGUCUGGAAGGAUGCAAGGUUUGUCAUGCACAUUUUGUAUGACUCCUGAUGUCUGUGAUCCUAGCAUCACAACACAGAUUUUGUGAGGGCUUUCUGAUGCCUAUACCGCAUGAGAAAUGCCCUCUCGCAAUGCAAAAAACUAGACCUCUUUUGCUGUUCAUGCAAUACAGAUUUUUGUAGAAUCCAGCUGCAGCAUCACAAGUUCGCAUCCUUCCAGACCCAGACAUAUUUGCAGUUGAUAGCAGAGGCACUGGAGCAAGACGGGUUUUCGGCGACUGCAGCGGGGUAUUUGGCGGAGAAACUUCUCGUGAAACAGAAGCACUACGAAGAGGAAGUGCGGCAAGACGCAGAAGCCGGGCUGGACGGAAUCAGAAGAGACUUGUCCCUCGGCGAGUCCUUCUACGAAGACGCGAAGUGGCAGGAGAUCGCGCAGCCGACCGAUGUGGCGAAGUUGCAAGACGUAAUUCUGGAAUCAAACCUGCAAUCGGAGAAAGACCCGGGACAUUACCCGCCGACGUCAGCAACUGCUACCGCAUCCCCAACCGGCGUAGCAGUAGAACAAGUACCGCAACAGCAACAGCCUGCGACGAACGGCGUUUUGUCAAGCGCACCCGAACCAUUACCCUCGGGAAUUUUCCCGCAGCAAGAAGCACAGAAACGGAAAAAAACGUGGCAGGAUUACAUCGCGAUAAAAAACACAAUUCGUGCACUCCAGCCGCUACCGCAGCAGGCACAGCAAGGCGCUUUGGACGUCGGGACGGCAGGAGUACAACUACAACCCGAAGCCGCGGCGCAGCAACAUGCGAAGAAGAUGAAAAAGCUCCAUACAAUGAACCUGAAAGGGCACAUCGCGAGAUUGCAGCCGCACUUCGGGAAAGUCGAGCACGUUACUGGUGUGGAUAACGGGUUAGGAUUAAUGCCCGCAAAGCACGAAUUCGCCGAGAAGGUCAGGGCGGGACGUAGUACAACCACUGGGGCAGGUCGUGGUACUACUAUCAACAAGCCGAGCACCGUCCUUGCACAAGGGCCAUCAGCUAGUACAGGAGCCAAGGCCGCCGGAAUAAAUCCCAGCCCGCCCGUAGUUUUUGCCAACCCCGCGGAUCUACGAGCGUGGGUGCAGCAGGGUCUGCCCUUGAGUAAGGCUUUAACUGUCAGCUUAAAAGAAGAAGACGCUUCUGGUACGGAAGACGAUGAUACUAUCCACAGAAAAUAAAACUUUCUUGUACACGUAACGACAAAUGCGAAUGUUGUUGCUGCAUGUUGACAGAUAAAACUAAAAGUUGCCUUCAACUUCAUCAAUGCUAGUCCGCAUAAAGACGAGCUGCAGGAAUUUCUAGAGUACAAAAAUUUGUCAUGUAUUUUGUACAUGUACAGGAAAUUUUCAUUGCAUAGACCACAGCGGUUUAUCCUCCCAGGUUGAUUCCGAACUCCAUUCUAGCUCGAUGAGCGGACAUGAGGACAUACUUUGCGUAAAAACGUCCCCACCCCAGAGUUGUCAUGCAAUUCUGCAUGCCAAAAAAGUUCUUUCUCAUGCGAAGCCCUAUGAGAAGCAUUUUCUAUUCGUAUUUUGGAAUUUGUGGUGCUAGAAUCAGAAUGCUAUGCUAGACCUGUGAUGCUUCUGAACUAGCUAAACAUAACAGGAUUACACUACGAGAACAAAUUUGUCAUGCCAGACAACCAGGGCUGCUUGAUUUGUCUAGCAGAUUUCUCAUCUUGUUCUUGACUCUGGUGUCGUGGGGACGUUUUUAAUCAGGAUAGGACAGCGGAUUCGAGUCGAGCGCCCUGGAACCGGGCGAGAGUGCCAUUGAGGGGAUGGCCUCGGGUAUCGUGCCUGCCUCCUCGGAAGAACCGGGAACCGCAGAGCCUGGAAGCGUGGCAGCGCCGAAAAAGAAGAAGAAAAAGCUGGUGUUGCGCGGUAAGAACAUUAAAGGUACAGCAGGACCAGCAGCUGCACAUCAGGGUGCAAAAGAACAACCGCCGGCUGGUGCAGCAGCUGGUGCGCCGACAUCGGAUUAUUCGUUCAAAGCCCCAGCAGUUGUACCUCCUCCGACAUUAUGCAUUGCAAAUAUGUCUGGGUCUGGAAGAGUGUAAACUUGUCAUGCAGGUUUUCCAUGACUCGUGAGGUCUGGAAUGCGGGACCUAGCAUGACAGAGUCUGUGAGGUCUCUGCCAUGCCUAUCCUGCAUGAGAAACUCCCUUCAAACUUGGUCGAAAGUGGACACCUUUUGGCACUCAUGCAACACAGAUUUCUGCAUGAUUCAGAUUUAGCACGACAAGUUGCAAUCUUCCAGACCCAGACACUUUUGCAAUCCAUAGACAUCAAGCUUCGCCUCCAGCGCAAAUGGCAGUUAUGGAAACAACAAAUUGCAGGAAGAUGGAACAAAGGUGACAGGAUCUGCAGGAAAUAAUGCUCUUCUUGGCCAGCACGCCUCAGGAAAUAUUAAUGCGCCACAAGCUCCUGCUCCGGCCCCUGGGACGGGGACCACGAGCGCCCUGACAUCAGCCCAGAGUAGUUUUGGUGCGAUGAGCAAGGUGCUGAGCAGCCAGCAACAACCCGGAACUACGGCUUCUAGUGUAGCGACAGCCUCGACUGCCAGCCCCACUAGUAAUAUUUUGCCCACUGAUCUGCCACCGCUGUCGCCGAAGACUGCGUACAAUUCUAGCUUGGGGAUGAAGAACGUGUUCGGCGGUGGAGCAGCUGCGACGACAACCACUAGUCCAGCAGCAGCUGCUGAUAGUACUACAACUGGCGCAGCAACUACAGUCCCGGCAGAUAUUUCCGAUCUUCCCGAUGUGAAGAAAAAGAAGAAACUCGUGAAAAAGAAAUCUACCACCACUGGUCUCAGCUCAGCAGUUGUUCCCAGCGCAACAUCUUCAGCUGGGGCAGCUGUGCUACUUCCCCCGACGUCUGGUGUUAGUACAGGAGCUGGUGCAGCAGCAGGAGCACCUUCCGCGAAUGGCAGUGUAGCGAAUAACAGUUCACUGAGCAGUCAGCAACAGACGGCACCACCGUUGUCCAGUUCGUCCGGGAACAAUACGAAGCAAGUUGCCAGCGCAACAGCAGCUUCUAUGGCAUCUUCACAACAACAUCCGGUGGACAACCAGCAAGGAGAACUCUCAGAAGGCGGACAAAGCAGCAUAGGCACAGCCGGGUCUAUCUCGGGGAAGAAGAAAGUUGUAAAGAGAAAAAUUAUGAAGAAAAAGCCCACGACGUUGAGCGGAUUAGGUAGUACGCGGAGUGCAACUUCUACUCCCGGGAGCACGGUUGUCCGAUCGGCGGUUGCGCCGGCUAGUACGACCUCUGGUGGUGUCAGUUCAGCUGUAGCUGGCACUACUAUGCCCAGCACAAGGAUAAGCAGCCAGCGACAGACAACGCAGCUACCGAAGCCCUCUAUUUCGAAUCCUUCCGCUAUCCAAGACCUUAGCUCUGCCACUGUGGUUGCUGGAACUGCUACGGAGCAGCAAGACGGCGGCGCAUCGAGCAGAAGUGGUGCUGCCUCCCAGUCGGAAGGGGGAAGUAGUGUGGCGAGUAGUUCUUUGAAGAAGAAGAAGAAACUUUUGAAGAAAAAGUCUACCUCCAGCGCAGUACUAUUACCGGGCUCCAAACAGGCGCUGGGGUCUAAAAUUUCGUCCUCUGUUGCGCCAGGGGUCUCAUCCUCUUUCAAGUCGGGGGCCAGUGCUGGUACUUCCAGUACACCAGGGUCGAAACAAGCAUCAUCGGGACCACAAGAGCAGCAACCAGCGUCUGCUGUAGCACCCGCCGCUGCACCUCCUGCUCCGCAAGCUUUUCCGGAGAGUGCGCACAAACACAUGGAUUCGCACCACGGGGAGAUUGAUUCACACAUGUCGCUUUCGCCCGAAGUAGAGACGAGCGGAGGGGAGUCGUCCGACCCGGGUUCCGUGGAAGAAGUUACGAAAGCCGCAUUGAAAGCAGCGAAGAAGAAGAAAAUCCAAGAGAAGGUAAUGAACAAAAAA